UGCUUCAUGAUUUAAUUUCGAAGCUGGAUCCUGAUUCAUAAUCUCUGCCUCAUAUUAUUGUUUACAGCAGUUAAUUAGAACAAAAUAUUCACUUUAAAAUCGAUCUGUUUUGUGCAUUGCUGACCCAAUUUGUAUUACAGAGCUGACCAAUCUUGAAAGGCUGUUCUCCAGAGAUUUUCAAUAUGUUGUAUUACUAAUUUUGAAUCUAAAUGAAAAUAGCAUAAGAAAUACAAGCUUCAAUUGCUCUUGGGCCAUAAAACAAAGGUAUUAAUAAGUACUUAGGUUAUAAAGUCAGGCUGCCAAGAUCUAUUUAUAAACACCCUGAUGUAAACAAGUAAUGUGACAAUAGAGGAAAUUCCAAGCGUCACUUGUUGCAUUUCCUUGUUACAAAAAUUCCCAACCAAAGAGUAUAUAAACAGUUGACAGAAUCCCAAAAGCACACCAGUUCUUCAUUAUCAUCACAACAUAUUCCGCAGCAAAGUUAUCUUAUAAACCAGUGAUCAGCAAUGAACACUCUCAAGAGACUUCUCCCAGUAGCUUUGCUAUCAUUGAUAGUACUGAGCAUGUUUGGUAAUUCGCUUUCAGCAGCUAUGACAUACGGAGACUGCUGUCUCGCUUAUUCAAAGAAGCGACUGCCACGAAAAUUAAUCUCUGGCUAUGUAGAGCAAAAAUCCAAUGAAAUAUGUGAGAAAGAUGCAAUUAUAUUCUACACCAUCAGAGGAAGAGCAGUGUGUGCAGCUCCUGAGCAGCAAUGGGUGAAGAAAGCAUUGUAUUUUUUGAGCAAAAAGCUGAAAAAAAUGUCACAAGAUUGAGCCGCGUCUCGAGGAAAGAAGUUGGCUGCAUUUAGCUGGAUUUAUUUCACGAAACCUUUCUGCACAGUAUCUGUGCCCAGACAAUAGAAGUUUGUUAAAACUUCCAUAAUUUGUAUCACUCACAUUUGAUGUGUAAGCCACUUUAUUUUUAGUAUGUUCUACUGAACUUAAUGAAGUAUAUUCUUAUUUAUUUUUUGCUACAUCGUUCUGGUUGUGAAUUAAAUGACAGUGAUUGUAAUAUAAUCACCUGUAUGUGUGUUCAGUCAAUCUAAGCUUGACUUAUUGGAAAGUGAAACGUAAAGAGGAAUAUCUCCGAGUUUAAAUGUCACCAUGUUGCUUGCCACCAUUGUUGUUAUACUCAAAUGUCAGUGAAUGAAAAAUAAAGAUAAUUAUUUCAGUUUUGUUCUUCAGUAAUUUAUUUUAUGAGAUCUUGUUUGCCUCACUAACGGAAACCCAAAUAAUGAUAAAACACUUACAGCAUUGCCACAAGAGCUCAACACAUACACCUUUCCAAGUCAUGAGAUCUGUCAUUACGCCAACCUAAAUGAAUCUUCAGAGAUUUUCAUUCAUGUGGACUUCGUUCUUAGAUGGCACCAGCCAGAAACAUGAAUGCACAGCCCUUGUGAAGUCUAAUUAAGCUUCAACAAAUAGGCUUCAGCUGAGAAUCUAUCUCAGAUUGUCCUGGAAGUGACUUUCCAGACUGCCGCUCUGAGUUGCACAUGGGAUAUUAGUUGAAGGAAUGAAGAGUGUAUGUGAGAUGUGGGAGGGAUGGGUAGGAUGAGGAGCUACAGGAAGAUUCACUGCAGUGGGAAGUGCUUGACUGUAACUACAGUAUUUCUGAGACAUUUACAAGUGUAGUACUAACCCACAGGCUGAGACCUGGUCAGGAUGUUGCUUUCUUUAUGGAGGGGACUCCACAGACCUUAGAAUUACUGCAGGGGCCAGUUCCUUCAUGAGUGACCUUCAAUCCACAGACCACACGGCAAGGAUCAAGAUCAUGAAGUAGAAACAACCAACUACACAUGCUGGAUACACACAAGGACACAAAGUGCUCAGCAGGUCAGGCAGCAUCCCUUGUAUGGGCGGACAUCGCUUUUAAACCAUGGGGGGGGGACAC